AUGUUUGAAUUAUGGGACAAAUUUGGCAAAAGGAACAUCGCUGAAAAAGAGGAGAAAAAUGGCGACGACUGCUAUCUGUUUUCUGCGCUGCGGCGGCUGCAUGCCAAGCUGUUGGCUGCCCAGCCAGAGUUCACGGAGGAAGAUGUGAUUAUCAUUGCGUAUCCGUCACCGGGUGGAUCGCCAACUCACUCGCCGAGCACGUCACCGCGUGAUCGGGAUGCCGAUUGCGAACAGGACGAUUCCUCAUGGAAUACGGGGGGCGAGAAAUCCAGCAAAAGUAGCACGCCGACAAGGGACACAGGGAACGGGAACGUUGCAUUGACUCCACCAGGUCAAGGGUCCACGUCCUCGAAGAUUACGGCCAUGGGCACGGGGAAGGAGCUAACUUCCCGCGAUUUUCUCGCGCUGGUGCGAAACUUCGAUGAGAAAGCUCUUCUGCGGAAUAGGAAGGCGGCGUCGGAUGCACUGAAGCUCCUGAGCGACGCAUACGCCCUGACUUGGCGGGACAAGAGGUACUUUACGAGUGCAACACUUAUGACUUCUGUUGGAUCUUCCCGUUUGAUGGCAGCAUCCGCACGCGAAUUGGGCGGGCGCGGCAACAGCUCUGUCCUGUCGACAGUGCGACGCCCUCUUUUUACUCCGUCAUCGUCUUUUCGUGCCCCAACCCACAAACCACCUCAAAAUCUGGUUUUGCUUAUGGGCAAGUGUGUAGAGUCACUUUUGGUGUAUGCCAACGAAUCGCUGUCGUUGCGGACAAUGAUAUCGUCAAAUGUGACACUCCUGAGGUUACUGUGCUUUGUGUGUGGAGAGAGCAGAAAAUUAGAGUCUUCUUCUUGUGGAAGCGGCUGGCGUGAUAUAGAUGAAGAGCUGAAUGAGCUUGUUUCCCAUUGGCAAUUAUUUUCGCUGUCCUUGCCUCUUUUGGUUGCCUUGCAGGAGUGUUAUCUCUUGGAAUUCUUGCUGGAUGCGGCCUUGCCACCCACAGUGUGUUCAUCCAAGUAUGAUGGUAUUGCUUUGGUACUUCACGAGAAAAAGCGACGCCUGAUGACGGAGAUGAUGUCCAACCGAACGGGAUUUGGUAGCAUUACGAGGGGGUUACCUUUAAUUAGUUUGGCAGCCAUCGUUAGCAUGUCCAUUUUUGCGGAACCGAAGCUGCGAGCCCGUGUACUGGAUCGCAUGACGGGAGAAGGAUUAUUGCAGACAAUUCGGGACGAGUUGGAGAGUACUGUAAAUAACUUUAAGCGUCUUAUGACGGGUGAGAGCGAUGGCCAAUCGCCGCGCACGGCAUCAUGCUCUCCCUCAAAGAGAUCUGGUGGCUUUUUUUCUUUUUUUCAAUCGAAAGCCAGACGAGUCCGACGUGAGGAAAAGAUGUUGACGGGUAUGCAAGACUCACCUUUGCGCCGUCUUGGUUCCUGCCUUGAGAUUCUUCAGAAUUUGACAGCCCCCAACUUGGCCCAGGAGGCGGCCCCCGCAACGACGAUGAAGGGGGUGGUGCGUGCGACAGCGUGGGCCUCUCAAAUUGAGGAUGUUCGAGAGAUAUGCACCUCGUUACUAAAUCUCUCUUCUAUCAUGGCUGGGAGUGAUACGCCGUUUUCUUUCCUGCGUCCUCUUCAAGAACAGGUGAUGGAGUGCGUUCGCCAAAUUGCCAGUUAUAGUGCUGUUCUGUAUGGUGUCGUGGUGGAGACAGUGGAUUCUGCUCUUAGCGAAUAUGCCCGAGAACGUACGAAUGGGCAGAGGGACAUUACGGCUCCUUUAUUGCCUCUUCUUGUAGAGUUGUUGUGUCUUAAACAACAUGCCGAGGCGAAUGGAGAGUGUGUGGGACGAUGGUUCACAUGUCUAACAGAGUGUCUGGUGCCCCAGGCAUUCGACGUGCCGGUACUCACAUGCAACAGGGCUGGCAACAGAUACUCGUGGUCAAAAGGGGUAAGGAGGAAAUCAUCCAAUUCACGGUGUGAUGCACCCGUUUUGGCACGAAAUCUACGUCGUGAGGAAAUAAUAUCGUUGUCUCCCUAUUUCCGCUUUGCCUCGCGUCUCAUUUUGGAGACAAAGUGGCGUGACGGGGCGGAACCGUUUCUUGCACGCAUUGCAUUGCUUGCUUAUAACGUUCUUCUGACACAAGCACGGAGGCCUAAUCUCAUUUUUGGUCAGGCUUCCGCGUGCUACGACGCGGUCGCCCCACUUUUGGAGACGCCAAACGGUGUGCUCCCUGGUGGGUCAUCGUCGGGUACGCGCGAGUUAUGUGGCACCCCCACGCGGCGCAGUGGCAAGACACCGGAUAGCUCAUCAUCACCGGGAAGGAAACGAUGCCGUUCCGUCUCUGGGGGUGCCACGAACACUGGAGACGAGGUGUUUGUUCCGAGUCCCAGUCAAUCUCCGUUGUUUUUGGAGGCCUAUUCUUCUUUUUCUGAGGCAGAAAAGGGCCGAGAUUCAGACGGAGUUUCGCGGGGGGAAGGCUCGCCUUCUUGUGCUCUGACGGCGCCAUCGUGGCGGCAGCGACUUUCGCUCUCUGCCUUUCUGGGUCUCUUCGGGGAGGCAUUUCCUGAGUGA